UUAGACUGAAAACAUGAAUCCUGAGAAAGGUCACAGUUGGGAUAAUUUAACGGCGGACCUUGUCGAGCGUGUUGUUAGCUUCCUGGAUCCAAACGAGGUGGUAUGUACCGUCAAGGAAAUCAAUAAGGCCAUGGCGAGCCAGUUUCGGGAAAAAGUAGCUAUCCGGUUGUCGCAGCCCGUACCCCAUCACGCGUUCAACAGGCACUGGAGCCGCCCGGAAGCAGUUCAGAACUUCACACGAAGUAAGCGCCGAGAGCUCGUAGUCCUGACGGCCCGCAGCGGCAGCCUGGCCAACCUGCAGGUCGCCGUCAAGGCAGCGAGCUGCGAGCUCUCCUGGGAGGUCUUCAACGCAGCAGCCGAGGGCGGCAAUAUUGAGAUGUGCCAGUGGCUGCAGGGAAAAGGCUGCUUCUUCAUUUCUGAGGAAGCGCCAGCAGCAGCUGCCCGAGGUGGCCAUCUGGAAACGGUCCGGUGGCUACUGCAACAGGAGCGUGAUUUUCGAGAGCUACGGAGAGCCGGUUCCCAAGCAUUUAUAGCAGCCGCCUGUGCCGGUCAUCAGACUGUGUGUGAGGGGCUCCUGGAGGACGGUACUCCGUUGAAACACUGGAGGUGUCUUCCUGGUGCCGCCCGUGGUGGCCAUGUGGGCCUCACACACAGGCUCCUUCAGCUUGAGUCAGAAUAUGGGUCAGUGUCGGGACUCAUGGCCGAUAUUGUCAAGGAAGCUGCAUAUGGCUUCGACCUGGCGGCAUUGCAGCACCUGUACAGGAGGUAUGGUUGUGAUUUUGACGAUGAUUUUGGUGAUGAUGCCAGCAGCCUACUAAUUGGCUACACCCUUGUGGAGGCCCUGGUCCUCGGCCACUUGGCUUAA